ACAGGAAGCAGUUGAAGAGCCCGUCUCCUCCCUGUGCUGUUCUUCCUGUCGCGUGCGGGUCUCCACAGCACAUCUAAUCCUCAUCAUGGCGUCUCUAUCGAUGGCUCCGGUCAGCAUCUUCAAGCAUGGAGCAGAUGAGGAGAAGGCAGAAACCGCUCGUCUGUCGUCCUUCAUCGGUGCCAUUGCCAUCGGGGAUCUGGUGAAGAGCACUCUGGGACCUAAAGGAAUGGAUAAGAUCCUGCUGGGCGGAGGCAGAGACAGUACCGUGACGGUGACCAAUGACGGAGCCACCAUCCUCAAGGCCAUCGGGGUGGACAACCCUGCUGCUAAAGUGCUCGUGGACAUGUCUAAGGUCCAGGAUGAUGAGGUUGGUGACGGGACGACCUCGGUCACUGUGCUGGCUGCUGAGCUGCUGCGGGAGGCAGAGCUGCUGAUCGCCAAGAAGAUUCAUCCUCAGAUCAUCAUCUCCGGCUGGAGGAAGGCUACACAGGCGGCCCGCGACGCCCUCAGAGAGGCCGCAGUGGAUCAUGGGAAUGACGAGCUGAAGUUCCAGGAGGAUCUGCUGAACAUCUCCCGCACCACGCUCUCCUCCAAGCUGCUGACGCACCAUAAGGACCACUUCGCCAAGCUGGCGGUGCAGGCGGUGAUGCGGCUCCGGGGAUCUGGCAACCUGGAGGCCAUUCACCUGAUCAAGAAGCUGGGCGGCAGCCUCACAGACUCAUACCUGGACGAGGGGUUCCUGCUGGACAAGCGUAUCGGGGUUAAUCAGCCCAAACGCAUUGAGAACGCAAACAUCCUCAUCGCCAACACCGGCAUGGACACCGACAAGAUCAAGAUCUUCGGCUCCAGAGUGCGUGUGGACUCCACCGCUAAAGUAGCAGAGAUCGAGACGGCAGAGAAGGAGAAGAUGAAGGAGAAGGUGGAGCGGAUCCUCAAACACGGCAUCAACUGCUUCAUCAACAGGCAGCUGAUCUACAAUUACCCAGAGCAGUUGUUUGCGGCCGCAGGCGUCAUGGCCAUCGAGCACGCAGAUUUCACAGGAGUGGAGCGUCUGGCUCUCGUCACAGGUGGAGAAAUCACCUCCACCUUUGACCACCCGGAGCUGGUGAAGCUGGGCCACUGCAAGCUGAUUGAGGAGGUGAUGAUCGGAGAGGACACACUCAUACACUUCUCUGGGGUGUCUAUGGGUGAGGCGUGCACUAUCGUCCUGCGGGGGGCGACGCAGCAGAUUCUGGAUGAGGCUGAGCGCUCUCUGCAUGAUGCGCUGUGUGUGCUGGCGCAGACCGUCAAGGAGACGCGCACCGUAUAUGGAGGAGGCUGUUCGGAGAUGCUAAUGGCUAAAGCUGUGUCAGAUCUGGCCAAUCACACACCAGGAAAAGAGGCCGUCGCCAUGGAGUCCUUCGCCAAAGCCCUGAGGAUGCUGCCCACCAUCAUCGCUGAUAAUGCGGGCUAUGACAGUGCAGAGCUGGUGUCUCAGCUGAGGGCCGCACACCAGGACAACAAGAACACCUUCGGCCUGGACAUGGCUCAGGGGUGUGUGGGGGACAUGUCGGCUCUGGGUGUGACGGAGAGUUUCCAGGUGAAGCGUCAGGUGUUGCUGAGCGCAGCCGAGGCUGCAGAGAUGAUCCUGCGUGUGGACAACAUCAUUAAAGCGGCUCCCAGGAAGCGUGUGCCGGAUCAUCACCCCUGCUGAACAGCCCCUGCAGCCCCGUGUAUUUAUAAACAGGAAGUUGAUGCUCCUGGCCUGUAGUGUCAGUGUUGGUCGUGUCUGAAUGUUACACACACUUUGACCCUUUGUUUACUCAAUAAAAACACCAUGAACCACUCAAA